AUGCAUGUCAUUAAGGCUUACAGCUACGGAGCGGGCGAUUUUCAACUUUCUGUCUUCUUUGAUUCUUUGUUUUUGUUGAUUUUCGGCGGUGAAGAGGAAGAGGAAGAAGAGGAGGAAGGGGAGGAAGAGGAAGAGGAAGAGGAAGAGGAGGAGGAGGAAGAGGAAGAGAAGAAGAGGAAGAGGAGAAGAAGAAGAGGAUGA